CAUGUGAUGGCUCUUGCCGGUGACGUGCCAGCCAUAUGGGCGCUGGCAUCGCAGCCCUAGCUGGUAUCCACAAUGUUGACGAGGCUGUUCAGUGACCCCUCGCUGCUUCCCGACGUGCAGAAGUACUCCGGCUGGGCGGACGACAGCGACGGAGACGAUCCCAAGCUCAAGGAAGAGGACCAGGACACCCACGAGGACAUGGACGGCUCCGACCUGAGAGGAGGCAGCCUGUCACAGUCCGAGCACAACGGGGAAGACGACAACGACGACGACGAAAUAGAUGAAGAGGACGACGGAGAGGACACCGGGGGGGAGAGACCCAAGAAGAGGGGCCCCAAGAAGCGCAAAAUGACCCCGGCCCGGAUGGAGCGCUCCAAGGUGCGACGGACCAAGGCCAACACGCGGGAGAGGACCCGCAUGCACGACCUGAACUCUGCGCUGGACAAUCUGCGUAAAGUGGUGCCCUGCUACUCCAAAACGCAAAAACUGUCCAAAAUCGAGACGCUGCGUUUGGCUAAGAACUACAUCUGGGCCCUGUCGGAGAUACUGCGCGCUGGGAAGAGGCCCGACCUCGUGUCCUACGUGCAGACGCUGUGCAAGGGACUCUCGCAGCCCACGACCAACCUGGUGGCCGGGUGCCUGCAGCUGAACUCCCGCAACUUCCUGACCGAGCAGCAGUGUCAGGACGGGAGCAGGUACGGAUCCGGCUCCUUCUCCAUGCAUUCCUACCCGUACCAGUGCGCGCGUCUGUCCAGCCCCCACUGCCAGCCGGGCUCGAACUCGCUCCCGCUCAGGACCCACGGCUACUGCUCCACUUACGAGUCGGGCUACCCUGGGGGCGGAUCCCCGGAGUAUAACAGCCCCGAGUACGAGGCGCCUCUCAGCCCUCCACUGUGCGUCAAUGGCAACUUUUCUGUGAAGCACCAAGGCCCCGCGUCCCCCGAGAACGAGAAGGGGUACCACUACUCUAUGCAUUACUCCGGCCUGCCAGGCUCCAGGCCCAGCGGGGCCCACAACCUGGUCUUUGGCUCCUCGGGGGCCCGCAGUGGCAUUCACUCUGAAAACGUCCUGCCUUACCACGACAUGCACUUACACCAAGAACGGGCCCCGGCGUACGACGAACUGAACGCGUUUUUUCACAAUUAA